AUGCAAUCUGCAAAGCAUCUGGCAGCCAUUACUAAGAAAUUGUCAAAUGUUCCAGACUUGCCCCAUAAGAAAGGACAACUUAUGUCACCACUCUCUCCUAAACAAAAAGAAAAAUUGGGUGCAAAAUCAGUACCUGAUAAAAUUGAACCAAUGGUCCUAAGGUCUCCUCCCACAGGAGAAUCUGUUAUGCGGUAUGCCUUGCCAAUUCCAUCGAGUAAGACAAAAGAAUCAUUAGCAGGUGAAAUGGUCAGGAGGAUCACCAAACACCUGCAGACGGCUGUUGCUAGCUUGGAAGAUGCUUAUGGACCUGUCACUGAGGGUGGAGAAGUAGGAGUGACCACUGAAGAGCAAGAUUUAUCUCUAUCUCUUGGUAAUAAUAUUCACUCCUUCUUGAAUUGCUGUUCACAAUUUGCAGUUCAGCUACAAGAAGCCUCAAAGGAAGAAUAUAAUAUUCUGGAUUCUCUUUUUAAGUGGUUUCAGCAACAAGUCAAUCAAAUAGAGGAGAUAAGUAAAGAUCACACUGUUGUAGAAGAGGAUCUUCCAACUCCUGAUAAAAACAUCCAUUUAAGCAUUGCACAGAUAGUAAGGCUGAUAGAUAGAUUCAGAGAACUGAGAAAUCGCCUUAAACAGAAGACUAAAGAAUCCAUGAUACGUAAACCCAUGGAUAAAGACAAUCUACCAGGAGCAGUGAAAAAUUAUGAAGCUCUAGAGAAGAAAAUUGAAGGUGAAUUCAUAAAAGCCCACUCAGCUGAACACUCUGAAAGUGUUCCUGCUUCUGACACAGAUUCUCCUUAUUCAGUGUGUAACAGAUUUAAUGUGAUGAUGAAAAUAUUUGAAAACCAGACAAAUAAGUUAGAGAGAGCGUUAAAUGAUCAAAGAUUGUUGGAGGCUAAAUACAAACAGAUGCAAAGUGAUUUUGAGCUGUUGUCAGAGGAGAAGUUUACAUUGGAAAAUGAAGUACAAAAUUUGAAAGUUUCCAAGAAUGCAAAAUCUACAAGCAAUGAUGAAUUCCCAAAGAAAGCUUUAAGAACAGAGAUAAAAAAAGAAGAAUCACCUGGGGCCUGCUUGAGCCCGAUCAUGGCUAUACCACUUCCACUUAGUGAUGGAACGCUGCUGUGCACGUCCAACUUUAUGGCCUGGCGGGAGACAAAAAUGGAAAUAGAUUCCAGCAAAGAAGAAGUUGCCCAUGAAGAUUCAGAAAGCAUGCCAUCGGGAAGACAGCCAAAGACUACUUCCAUCUCAAAUCUUGGUGGACAAAAGAAAAAUGAGAAGAAGAAGAAGAAGAAAUAA